ACUAGAUUAUAGUAUCGAGAGAUGAUGGAUUUUCCCUCCUUCUCCGUGUUCGCAUUGAGAAAUUGUGAUUUACUUCGCGCAUUCCCCUAUGAUUAUAUAUGAUGUUUAUUUCUGCGGAAGUCGUUGUUUUUGGUGAUUCAACGAAUGCGCUAGAAGGAUUUGCUGCGGUGGAUUUCAUUUUUGUAUUUAUUGAUCGGAAAUAGUUUAUGAUAAAUCUGGAAGUUUUUUGUAGUGGAUUUUUUGAUAAAUCCAUAUACGUAAUGGUUGGCGAGGUCGAGUUUUCGGAUCAGAUUAAAAAAUCUGGAAGAUGUGAGCUCCAUGGACUUCAAUAAUGUUUUAUGGCUCUGACCAACAGUCUGGUCAUGAGAAACUCAAAGAGAAGAAUAUCUUGAAUGAACAGAAGCUCUCUUGACUGGUGCCUGUUUUUCUGGCCAGAGGAGUGAAGACUAAUUCAAUUGAACAUGGAGAUUAAUCAGUCCCAGGAAUCUACCAAAAACUUGAAGCACUUCCCACUGACUCCUUUUAGAAUUUUCAGGGGUCUGCUAUGUUUAGCAGUAUAUCUUUUGACUGCGUCUAUGUUCUUAGUGUAUUUUGCACCUGCAGCUACUAUUGUCCUACGCCUAUUCAGUGUUCGCUACAGUAGAAAAGCUGUGUCGUUCUUGUUUGGCCUAUGGCUCGGUCUCUGGCCAUUCUUGUUUGAGAAAAUAAACAAAACCAGGGUUAUUUUUUCCGGUGAUCAAGUUCCGGUGGAAGAGCGUGUUCUGAUAAUCUCCAACCAUAGAACUGAGGUUGAUUGGAUGUAUCUAUGGGAUUUUGCACUACGAAAAGGAUGUUUGGGAUACAUUAAGUAUGUUCUCAAGAGCAGCUUGAUGAAGCUGCCGAUUUUUGGCUGGGGGUUUCACGUUUUAGAGUUCAUCCCAGUGGAGAGAAAGUGGGAAGUUGAUGAACCAGUGAUGCACAAGAUGCUUUCGAGCUUUGGCAAUCAUGAGGAUCCAUUAUGGCUUGCUGUGUUCCCUGAAGGAACUGAUUAUACCGAGCAGAAGUGCAUGAGAAGUCAGAAGUUUGCUAAGGAAAGUGGAUUGCCAAUACUUAAAAAUGUCUUGCUUCCAAAGACAAGGGGCUUCAAUGCUUGCUUGAAGAUUUUGAGGGGCUCUCUAGAUGCAGUUUAUGAUGUAACUAUAGCAUACAAGAACCGAUGCCCUUCUUUCAUGGACAAUGUAUUCGGCGUGGACCCUUCUGAAGUGCACAUGCAUAUCAGACGCAUACCUCUAGAGCAAAUCCCCUCAACCGAGAACGAAACUGCUACGUGGUUGAUGGAUGUUUUCGUAAUAAAGGAUCAGCUGCUCACCGAUUUCAUUGUGAAUGGCCAUUUUCCUCAUCAAGGCACAGAAGAGCAACUCUCAACAAUGAAAUGUGUUGCUAAUUGUGCAGUGGUGAUUGCUUUCACUGGCGUAUUCUUGUAUCUUACAUUUUUCUCAUACUUUUGGUUUAAGGUUUACGUAGGAUUAGCUUGUGUAUACCUAGCUUGUGCUAGCUAUUUUAAUGUCAGACUAAAGUCUGCUAUUACAUCUGUCGAUAGAGGCACGAAGAAAAACUAUUGAAGUGAUGGAUUGUUGUGUUUUCAAUGCAAUAGAUUAAAUAGAUGUUCAA